AUGGCGCUACCAAAGGCCAAUUUACAUCUGCUGGUGCCAGCAUCAAGCGCCAAAAGCGAUCUAUGCAAGGUCAUGGUCAGUUCUGGCAUAUUGGGAUAUCCCACCCCAGAAUUGAUCAACUGGGGUAUGCGGUUCAACAACUCAAAGUUGAGUUCCGGUGGUUCGCACAUUGCCAAGAUAGCUGGAAUCCAACAUCAUCUCGAAACUCUUGACGCCGCCGAUCACGAUUUGGUUCUCGUGGUGGAUGGCUAUGACAUUUGGUUUCAACUUCGGCCUCAAACCCUGCUGGAUCGUUAUUUCGAUAUCAACAAGCGCGCUGAUACACGUCUUAAAAGUGUGCUCGGAGGCAGUGUCAUGCGAAACCAUGACGUAUCUCAAAAGAUUGUCUUCUCGUGUCAGAAACAAUGCUGGCCUUUCUCGCUGAAACAGGCGCCCUGCUACGCCGUUCCCAACUCCACGCUUCCUGCUGACAUCUAUGGCCCCGAAACUGACAUCUACCUCAACAAAACGAGCAAAAACCCGUAUCUCAAUGUUCGUCAACGAUUUCUCAACUCCGGGGUCGCCAUUGGUACUGUGAAGGCCAUGCGUGAAUUGUAUUCCGAGGCGCUGGCAAGGGUAGAAAAGGAUACGAAUUUUGGCAGCGAUCAAUUUGUCAUUAGUCAGAUCUUUGGCGAUCAAGAGCUUUACAGAGAAGUUCUCAGACAAGACGCAGUGACUUGGUGGCAACGCUGGUUGAACAAGGAUCAGGAAGAUCCACAGGCUCAGAUCUUCAACUCAUCUCACGUCGAGACUGCGAGGAAUUCAUCUAGAAGACUGGAAUUUGGCCUUGGAAUUGAUUAUGAGAGCUCGAUCAGCCUGGCUACCAUUUUCGCCCCUGAGGAUGCCGCUUGGCUUACAUUCAAUAAUGCCAGCAACUUACGAGAAGCCAAUCACAAACUGAAUAUCACCGAAGCCAACAGCCGCAUCAACUACACACUUUCCGAUGUGGCCUUGACCGAUGCACCUUUUUCGACUGCCGACUUUGAUCUCGGGCCGACCGAAGUUCCUUGGACCAAUGUUUCGAUUUUUACAAACGUCAGGACAGGCUUCGCCCCAGCUAUAGUGCAUCAUAACGCAUGGCAAAAUAAUAUGAAGAGCAGACGUGUGCACUGGUGGAGCAAGAUUUGGUUCCACAAACAUGCUAGAGCCCUCUACACUGAUUACGCGCAAGGGCCCGAUUCCCCCAUUGCUGUGUCCGGAUACUCUUAUCCCAUCGAGUGGUGGAGCUCCGACAAGCGGAGAGGUGGUGCUUUGAACGGAAGCGAGUGGAUUGGGUACGAAGAUAUAUGCCUUGGAACCGAGGAUGAGGUAUUCAGGGAUAAAGGCGGGCCUUGGCUUCCUGCUGGUGUCUCUCGAAGUGAUUGGACGCCGAAGCAACAGCCUGGUGUGAGUCCUGAUCUAGUGGCCAGCUAUCCGAACGACCAAGCCCUUCCGUUGCGUAUCACAGUCAUGGAAUCAGGGGGGUCUCAUGAUGAAGUGGUCGCUGCCCUCGUCCACUCCCUUGGCUCUCAGAAUGCUGAGAUUGACCUUUAUCAACUACUCCCUCGAUACGGCAUCAAGGACAUUAUGCGUGCUUUCUCCCUAGAAAGACCCAUGAGGGGUCCCAGGGGUCCACCGGACUUCAUGAAGGACAUCGACAAUGCUAUCAGACCUGACAUCUUCGUCGCCGCUACAUGCGAGCUGGACAUUGUCCGACUCAAAAAUCAACUGGACGUCCUUCUGGCCGAAGGCAACACUCACAUGGUCUGCGUUGUUCACCAUGCCGAUCGUUGGGCUGACCCAAAGUUGGGGUUGGAGGAGGCGAUCCGACCGUGGGUGAUCAAGGGCCUGGUCGAAUUCUGGACCUUGAGCCCACACACCGAACGUUUCCUUCGUGAUAAAAGCAUGAGUCAAUGGACUGCGGUAAGAUCCGGUGAUGUUUCGCCUGUUGUGCGGACCUUCGUGCCUGUCUUUCCAAUCAUCUUACCUGCCACGCCCGAUACGCACAAUCUAGCAUUCGGCCUCCAAGGAGAUUAUGACCCCAGCCGUCGGGAUUACAAGUCGAUAUUUGAGCACCUCGACUCAUUUUUGAGGACGGAGAGUUCUACCCAAGAGUCUGAUGCUUCAAACUCCAAAGCGCAUGCUCGCAAUGUCACGAUGCACUUACUAGGACAUGGCAAGCACCCGAGCGUGCCCGAUAACGUCAAGGACCAUGUGGUCUUCGACGAGCGACUCGAUUACAUCGACUAUUACAAGAUCCUGUCGCAGACGUUUGCUCUUCUUCCCGCUUUUGCAUCCGACACUUACCUGGACCGUAAAGCAUCAAGUUCUGUACCAGCCGCAUUGAUAGCCGGAACUCCGCUUAUCGCCACAAAGGCCAUCAUCGAAGCAUAUUCCUACAUAUCUCAAGACACGGUCUGGUUGCAAGAAGAUGGAGAGAGCGAAUUCGAUGUAGUUCAAAGAGUGCUGGACAUGGACUCGGACAGUCGAAAGAAGAAGAUGGAAUCCGUCCGCGAAACACGCUCAAAACUUGUGCAAGAGAAUAUCAAGCUGGUCGAAGACUGGAUGAAACAAGCCAUGAGUCGUAUGGAGUAUCGAGCUGGGAGUAUGUAG